AUGUCCCUUCUAUUUAGUCGAACGGCGAGACUAAUACGGCCAAUAUGCAACUACAAUAUCACUGCUGCUAGAUUCCAAAGCACAAUCGCUUCUGCUUCAUCAGCCAGAGUCAUACCGCAACACAAUCCACUUUCAACAACAAUCUCCUCCCCAAAACAAGACUAUCAGCACAACUUAUCCGCACUCAAAUUAUCAUCCAAUGGAUCUAAGGACUUGUAUGCUAUCAUGCGGCUAUACAAUAUGCCCUACUUAGUCACCAAGGGAGAUACAAUUUACCUCCCAUACAAGAUGAAGAACGUCAAAGUUGGUGACGUUUUAAACUUGAAUGACGUGACUACAUUGGGGUCCACAACUCAUACGUUGAACAUAAAAACCGGAAUUGACCCAUCAAUCUACGAAUUGCGCGCAAGUGUUGUCGAAAUCACGAGAGAACCACUUUAUCAAGUGGUGAAGAAGAAACCAAGGUGUAGAAGAACAAAAACCACAAAUGUUGAGCCAUACCAAACAGUCUUGAGGAUCAAUGAGUUGAGAUUAAGGUGA